GGAGGUGCGCGCAAGUAGGUGCUUGGGGUGGUGGGGUCUGCAGCAGUUGCUUGGCGGUCUCCGAGCCUGGGCUCCGGCGGGGAGCGGCCGGGAAUGGGCAUUGCGCUGGGUGCCGUGCAAAGACGCAGGAGGCAGCCCCAGGACAGGAGCGCCCUGCCUUGCAUGCUUUGCGGCGGAGGAAAUCAGCCGCACAGCUCACAGCAGCACUUUGUCCCGCUGUGAGGCUCCCCUCGCUACGGGAAGGCGAGGGGCCUUCGUUUGUGCGUGGUGAUGGGGUUGUGGCAGUGACCCAAGUGGGUAGGCGAUGGUAAUCCACUUCAGUGGGUAGGGAGCGCUGCUGAUGGGCAGGGGGGUGUCUGUGGAGAGAGUUCAGUUUUGGUAGCCCUAGAGAGUAGUUGAGCCACUAGAGCCCCACAGGGAGAGGAUUCAUUUUUCUGGCUCUUCAGACAGUUGAAUAAACAAACAUGAAGUUAAAACUUAAGGAACUAGAAAGCCGUCUUCAGCAAGUUGAUGAUUUUGAAAAUCCAAAAUUACUUCUUGAACAGUAUCCAACAAGACCACACAUUGCAGCAUGUAUGCUUUAUACAAUUCACAACACUUUUGAUGAUAUUGAAAACAAGGUGGUUGCAGAUCUAGGAUGUGGUUGUGGUGUACUCAGCAUCGGGAGUGUAAUGUUAGGAGCAGGGUUGUGUGUGGGGUUUGACGUAGAUGCAGAUGCCCUGGAAAUAUUUAGUAGAAAUGCAGAAGAGUUUGAGCUCACAAAUAUUGACAUGAUUCAGUGCGAUGUAUGUUCUUUGGCUGCCAGAACGUCAAAAACUUUUGAUACAGUAAUCAUGAAUCCUCCUUUUGGUACUAAGCAUAAUAAAGGAAUGGAUAUGACUUUUCUGAAGGUAGCUUUGCAAAUGGCACAAACAGCUGUAUAUUCCCUACACAAAACUUCAACACGAAAACAUAUCCAAAAGAAAGCAGAUGAAUGGAAAGUGAAGAUGGAAGUUAUAGCAGAACUUAGAUAUGAUUUACCAGCAUCAUACAAGUUUCAUAAGAAGUCUUCUGUGGAUAUUGAAGUGGAUUUAAUAAGGUUUUCCUUUGAAAAACUUCCAAACUGAGGACUGUCUUAAAACCUAUUUAAAAUGGAUUAAUAAAAACUCAGUGCUUUUUAAAACUGUA